CCACAAGUGUUUAAGACUCUCAGUGCUGUUAUUCCAUCAGACGAAAAAUAAAAGAAUAUUAUAAGCUGAAUCAUCAUUAGACAACUACUUCACGGGGCACCAAACCCACUGAACAAAACAUCAAAUCACUCCACAUUUCAUGAUUGAAAAACAGGCAUAAGAAGAACAAAUGGACGGUUUCUCUACAUCCCUUCGUUUUGUAACGAAAGGAGGAUCUAAUAUGUCCAGGGAGUUGGUCGAAUUAAACAAGACAACACCACUGUCAGACUGUCGCAUCUGGAAGAUGGCCAUUUUGGACCUCAUUUUCAAAAAUAAACCCAAUCCUUUUCAAGAAUGGCCAACAUUUUCAAGAGAGUCCAAAACAUUUAAAAAUAUUAUUGUGUUUUUUGAAUGGGGGUGGGUAUCAAGUUCCCUACACACCUUUCUUGUAAGGGACCACUCGCCAGUUUUGGAAAAUACAACACCAUCUGCUUUUUAGGGACCACAUUUUUCUUAGGACCACACAUUUUGAGUUGACGAAAAAAUACAAAAAGGCUCACAACAAGACUAAAUGAUGGGGAAACAUUGAUUUUUGCAGGAGUAAGUGGUAUUAGUAAACUCAUCACACUCCAUCCAUUACAAAACUGACAUGGAGGUAUUUCUAUAAGGCGAUAAACUUAAUCGCAUGGUUAGUCUUGGUCGGAAGGUUAAUGUCACCACGACUUCUUUCGGAUUCUCUGUUCCAAUAAAAGAAAUGAUGCCUGAAAGUGACAUACCUGACAUUGUCUUUGAGGCACUUAAUAAAUACUUAAGGACUUGGAGGAGUUCAAAUUACAAAGGUAUUUCCAAAUUGAAUCAAUUCUACAAUUCCUUUGGAUUGAUUAAGCAAUUACAGCAAAGCAACUCCCCUCAAGUCUUUCCUG